GCGAAGACAAGUGCGAGGGUUCCCUGAUAAGCGCAUCCCCUAUCAAGGCAAGAAUGGGGGAUGUAAGUAGAGAAAAAAAAAAACAAUUCGAUUUGGCAAGUCGGUGAUAAGAUACCAUUGUUAUCACGAUCACAACAUCGUGUAAUCCCCGGCGUAAAACGUGCACAAGAAUGGCGUCAGGAAUCUUCAAGCUCCCCGGCGUCGCUUUCAUCACCGGAGCCGGUGGCACAGGUAUCGGCGCCGCCGUCGCUCGCGGCUUCGCGCGAUCUGGCUGCGCCAAGCUCGCCAUCACCGACCUCAACCCGCGAACCCUUCAACAAACCAAGUCAUCCAUCCUAUCCAUCAACCCCCGCGCGCAGGUCCUAGCGCGUGAAGGCGACGUGGCGAGCGAGCCGUUCGUCCGAUCGUUCACCGUUGACCUCGUUGCCCGGUUCUCGCGCCUCGAUUACUCCGUGCACUGCGCCGGCAUCCUGGGGGCUUCGCUGCGCACGCACGAGACGCCGCUGGCCGAGUACGAGCGCGUGGCCGGCGUCAAUUGGAAAGGCGCCUGGCUUUCGACGCGGGCCGCGCUGGCGCAGAUGCUGGCGCAAGAACCGCUGGAUGCGCAUCCGCGGCAGAGGGGAGCCGUGGUGAAUAUUGCGAGUCAGCUCGGUCUCGUGGCGCGGCCGACUGCAUCACCUUACUGUGCUUCGAAAGCCGCCGUGAUAAAUAUGACGCGGUCCGACGCGAUAGAUUACUCGCGGGAUGGAAUAAGAGUUAAUUGUGUGUGCCCGGGCGUGAUCGAGACACCGAUGACGACGGGAUCGCCUGAGGUUACAGAAAGACUAAGGCCAGCGAUCGACAUCGCGCCCAUGCGGAGAAUGGGGACGCCGGAAGAGGUAGCUGAUGCUGUGCUAUUCUUAUGCUCGAGCCAAUCCUCGUUUAUCCAAGGUCACGCAUUGGUAGUCGACGGUGGGUAUACAAUUAACUAAUCGCGAUGAAAAUGCUUUGUGCAAUUCUGAUUUCUUGAGUGUACUGUUUACUCCCGUGUUGAGGAUUUAAACGUACCCAGCUGGUAUAUCAUGAUAAACUCAACCGAAGACUCCGCAAUUGAUUGAAAUUCCCAACUCAACACAACUACCGCCUCUUAUUGAACUUCUGACCCUUUUGACCCUGCCGCGGCUGACUUCCGUAACCCCUUCUGCCUUGCGUCUUCUUAUCUCUGCCCAUACUCGCGCCUAACGUAAGGUCGAUUCGGGGAGGAGUAGAAAAGCCAAAACUUUUGGCUACCUUUGCUAGAUCCAACUUGUGGAUGUCAAAUACCGAACGUAAGCUGUGGCUCGCAUAGGCGUGCAGAUAUGAUCGGUAACCGUCCUUGGCACUCUGGUUGAGAUAGUAGUUCUGAGAGAUGAGCUUUUCAAGUUGUGAAGAGACGUUCAGAACCUUCUUGGCCGGGAACUCAUACUCGAGCACGGGUACCUUGGCUUCCUUUAAGUGAGAUAAGAAGGCGAGUUCGUGGGGUUGCAGGAAGAGGAGACUGCGGCCCUUGGAGUUUGCGCCACGCGCCGUUCGACCGACCCGAUGAAUGUAAUCGCGGGGGUCGUCAGGCGGGUCGAAUUGCACUAUGUAAUCGACUGCUGGGAUCUAAAAGGC